UGAUGCAUAAUUUACAGAAAGAAAGAGAGUGUGUAGGCGAGGCCUGAGCCCAUGGGAAAGGAAAGAGGCAACGCAUAAAACUCACGCCGACGAUGAGUCAACACGCGAGUCAACUCGAGCCUCUCUUUAUUUAAGAAAUAGUUAAUUUCUAAAAUUAAGAGAGACCAAACCACCAUAAUUAAAUCACUCUCCUCUCCUCCUUUCUCGCUCUUAAUCUAAAAAUCUUUCUCUUCUUUUUCAACAUUUCAAGUCCACAAAACAAAUCUGCAAUUCUGUCGGUGCUUUUAUUUUUUUUUUUUUUUUUGGUUUCCUCAUCAUCUCCAUCAAGAUCCGAGUGUACAACGAUGACAAUUACCAACGGCGAUGUGAAAUCUGAGACCUGCAACAAUGGCUUCACUGUGAAAAAACCUUUCAGGAUCUUUGUUGGUUACGAUCCACGCGAAGAUCUUGCUUACCAAGUCUGCCGUCAUUCAAUCACCAAGAGAUCUUCAAUCCCUGUAGAGAUCAUUCCGAUUGUUCAAUCAGAUCUUCGAAAGAAAGGUUUGUAUUGGAGGGAAAGAGGUCAGUUGGAGAGCACUGAGUUCUCUUUCUCUCGUUUCUUGACUCCUCAUUUGUCCGAUUACGAUGGUUGGGCUAUGUUCGUCGAUUGCGAUUUCCUCUACCUUGCUGAUAUCAAGCAACUUACUGAUUUGAUCGAUGAUAAAUACGCCAUCAUGUGUGUUCAACAUGAUUACGCUCCUAAAGAGACUACUAAGAUGGAUGGUGCGGUUCAGACCGUGUACCCGAGGAAGAACUGGUCUUCUAUGGUGCUUUACAACUGUGGUCAUCCUAAGAACAAGACCUUGAACCCUGAGACUGUCAACACUCAGACUGGUGCUUUCCUCCAUAGGUUCCAGUGGCUUGAGGAUGAAGAGAUUGGCUCUAUCCCGUUUGUGUGGAACUUCCUUGAGGGUCACAAUAGGGUUGUUGAGAAAGAUCCAACUACGCAGCCUAAGGCGGUGCAUUAUACUCGAGGAGGGCCUUGGUUUGAUGCUUGGAAGGAUUGCGAGUUUGCGGAUCUCUGGUACAAUGAGAUGGAAGACUACAGCAAAGAGAACAAGAAAGAAGCUGACAAGGCGAAUUAGAAAGAAGAAGAGGUAUGUUGUUUCUUACCACCAACACGAGUAUUGCACUUCCUUAAAGAUUUCCUUACAUGUUUUAUAUAUAAGCUUGGCUCUGUAGAGCCACGGAUCAUUAGUCUUGUGGAGGGCUGUGGAGUUUUAUCUCAUUGAAUUUGUUAAAUCAUUCGCAACACUACCAGUAUUAAGAUCAUAUAUGGCCCUAUUAGUUUGUUUCUUAUGGUUGUACCUUUAAUUAAAGGUAGUUUAUUUGUAAAAUUGCUCUCAAAUUAAGCAACUUAUUUGAUAUGUGACUAAGUGACAUUAUGAAGCAGUUCUUUUCAGUUUA